ACCCGGAAGAAGAAGCCGGUGACCCCUCCCCCCGGCUGCGGGCAGGGCCUGGCAGGGAGCCGGGCCGCCGUCGUUGACAGAUGUGGCGCUCCAAUGGGGUCUUGGGACAGGAUGCUGGAAAAUCCAGAACAGGAGGAGCUGAUCGCCGUACGCGUCCAGGACCCCCGCGUGCAGAACGAGGGCUCCUGGAAUUCCUACGUGGACUACAAGAUAUUCCUCCACACCAACAGCAAGGCCUUCACCGCCAAGACGUCGUGCGUGCGACGCCGUUACCGGGAGUUCGUCUGGCUGAGGAAGCAGCUCCAGAGAAACGCCGGCUUAGUACCCGUGCCGGAGCUCCCGGGGAAAUCCACCUUCUUCGGGAACUCGGAUGAGUUCAUCGAGAAGCGGCGCCAAGGACUCCAGCACUUUCUGGAGAAAGUCCUGCAGAACGUAGUCCUCCUUUCGGACAGCCGGCUCCACCUCUUCCUGCAAAGUCAGCUGGCGGUGGCCGAGAUGGAGGCCUGCGUCCAGGGCCGCGGCUCCCUGACCGUGGCCGAAGCCAUCCUCCGCUACGCCAUGUCCAACUGCGGCUGGGCCCAAGAGGAGGACCCCGGCUCUCCCCGCCUGGCCAUGGGGGAUCUGCCCGGCAGCCUCUCCAGUUGCCGUGCUCUCCGCCGGUGUGGCUGCAGACUGUCUUCGCCGCCGCCGCCCCUGCAACAGAAAGAGGAAAGAGAGGCCGGGGAGGUGUGGGCUCCGGCUGAUGACUCUCAGGCUGCUCCCGGGGAGAGCCAGGGCCUCCCUCCCCCUUCCCCGCCACCGCCGCAGCUGCCCUCGCCCUCCAGCUGUGACUUUGGAAGAUCCAGGACGAGGAGCCCUGUUCCCCCCUCCUUGGAGUGGCAUGAGGAAGAGGCAGAGGAGCAGCCCGGGCACCCGGCCGGCGUCGUAGACUCCCAACCCGGUCAGUCCGAGAAGUGAGCCGUCUGGCACGCGGGGAGAGCUGGCUCCGAAGCGGCCGGGCGACGAUGCGAAGAGAGGGGAAAGCAGCAGGGAGUGGGCGGCCCCCCACUCCGAGCCGGGGCCCGUCUGAAUCCGCACCUGGGGCUGGAGCUGCCGUCGCGCCAAGCCCCUUUCCCACGGCCCCUGGGAUAUCUGAAGAGGAAGCCGGCUUAAACCCUGUAGAUCGGGGUCGGUCCUUCUUGACCCCCGUGAGCCAUUCCUCUCUAAAAUCCCCCCGGUUAUGCCGGGUGAGUCGGCCCCCCGCAAGAAGGAAAACACACACCUGUCAUUCUCACACACUCUCCUCUCUCGGCUUCUCUUUCUCCUCUGUCCUUCUCCUCUCCUUUUCCUCUUCUCUCUCUUCCUCUCCUCUCUCUGUCGUUCUCUUGCUCUUUCUCUCUCUCCCCUCCCACAGGCAGCAGGGUACUUGCUGACACUUUGGUACUUAAUAUCGCAGCUGUGCGUUGCCCCUCCAUGAGCUCUUCCACCUGGAUGCCAUCUGCCCACGUGGAUUUCUAGCUCUCCCGACCGAGACCGGGGGCCGUCUCCCUACCAGUUGUUGGGAUGGGGAGGGAGGCCGGCCAGCCACCGGCAAGCAACGUCCCCCCACCCCCCCGCAACUGAAAGCCCGGACCGCACCCGAGCCGGGUGGGCGGGCAAGGGGGAUCCUGCCGCCCGGGGUCCCUCCCGAUGAAGGCCGGAUUUCCGCCCGGCAGAGGGAAAAGGGGAGGCGGUGGGGGGUCGGGCUGGGGCAGGAAGGAAGGGAAGGCUUAUUUUGGGACUCCGAGCUCGGUCGAACCAUCGGUUUCCUGUGGGGAGCCAGGAGCCGACACGUUUAGAGCUUCCUCCCGGCUAGGCCGAGCCCCGGGGCUGAGCUGAGGCCGCCUGCUCGGUUAAGUGGGCGGGGGAGAGUUUUCUCUCAUCAAGGAAGCAGAGGGCUCCGGGGACGGGGAGCGGGUAAUGAUGGGGCGAGGAAUCCGUGUCUCUGGCCCUCGGUGAACACUGAGAGGCCCGAAGCAUUUCACAGUCGUCCCCCGCCCCCCCCCGCCGCCGCCUCCCCGCUCUGCUGACCACCAGCCUGGGCCGGGCAACGGUCAAAGAGUGAAUUUAGGGCAGCGCCGCCCUGGCCUGAAAUAAAACUCCGGCGUCUAAGA